ACAUCUCAAUUUUGUUCUUCUUCGCUUCGCCCUACAACCUGCAAUUCGGUUUUCUGUUUGUUAAUUUGGUUAAAUCGUGAGCUAAAUCAUGGCUAGUUCGGGGCACGUGAAGGAAGAGGUUCCGCCGGAGGACAACCAGGAAGUAGUUGUUAUACCUGACCGCGAGGAUGAUGACAUAUGCGAGCUAGAGCACUUGCGUAAGCUGUUCAUUGGCGGAUUGGCCCCGUACACCACCGAGGAGGGCCUAAAAGUUUUUUAUGGCCAGUGGGGCAAGGUGGUCGAUGUGGUUGUGAUGCGCGAUGCGGCCACGAAAAGAUCCCGUGGCUUCGGCUUCAUUACCUACACAAAGUCCGUCAUGGUGGACAGGGCCCAAGAGAACCGGCCGCACAUUAUCGACGGCAAAACUGUGGAAGCUAAGAGGGCACUGCCGCGCCCUGAACGCGAAUCGCGGGAGACCAACAUAUCCGUCAAGAAGCUGUUCGUAGGUGGUCUUAAGGACAACCACGAUGAGGAUUGCCUGCGGGAGUAUUUUGUUCAGUUCGGGCGAGUGAUCUCUGUUAAAUUACUCACAGACAAAACCACAGGAAAGCGUCGUGGUUUCGCCUUUAUCGAGUUUGACGACUACGAUGCCGUGGAUAAGGCCAUUCUUCAAAAGCAGCAUUCGAUUAAGUAUGUGCACGUGGAUGUGAAAAAGUCCAUCUACAAUCUAGAGAAGAAGGACAAGCAGCAGCCGGGAGCCUUGGCAAACGGGACCAAGCAGCCGCUAAAUCAGCAACAGCAGCAGCAACAACCUCCUCCACCACAGCAGCAGCAGCAGCCGCAUAAUGGCAACAUUCCGGUUCCGGGCUACCGUCCACCUGUGCCGCCGCCCCAGGUCAUGCCUCCCUACCACCAGCAGCCGCCACCGCCACCCAUGAACGCCCCACCACCAAACUACAACUACUGGGGACCCCCACCACCGCCAAUGCAGCCCUACUACCAACAGCCCCCACCACCGCAGAUGAACGCCUGGGGUCCCUAUCCGCCAGUACAGAACGGUUGGAAUGCACCUCCUCCGCCGCCACCCGGUGCCCAGCAGUGGCACCCCGGCCAGUGGGGAUGUCCGCCGCCAGUGCAACAGGUCCCUCCUGCUGGGGCAGUGCCACCACCAAUGGGCCACAACGGACCGCCACCGCCGGCUCCUGGCAAUUGGAACAUGCCGCCCAACGCACCGCCGCCGGUGCCAGGUGCACCACCGCCGCAGGGGCCGCCGCCACACCAGCAGCCUCCGCCGCAGCAGCAACAGCCACCGCCGCCGAACUUUGGCAGCGGCUAUCAGCAAAACUACGGAGGCGGUCCAGCCAAGCACAACAACAUGAACGCCAACCGAAUGAAUCCCUAUGCGGCAGCGCCGCCCAACAAUUACCAUAACCCACAACCACCUGCAUACCCGCCCUACAACGCCGGUGCUCCGCCGCCCAAUGGAAGCGCUCCGCCCGCGACUGGAACUAAGGCGGUGGGCGUGUCCAACGGAUCGGUGGCCACCGGUGGCAGUGCCAAUAGCAAGUACCGCCGCUGAAUAUGGUGAGUAGAUGGUGCGAUCGUUACCCGUCCCCGCAAUUAGUCAUUCGUUUUAAAUGUGGCCUAUGCAUAAGAGAUACCCCAAUACGUCUUGCCACCCAGACGCAGUGCGUCUGUAGUCCACCAUAAUGUAUUAUUACUAAUGUGUAUAAUUCUCUCUGAUUUAGAUGCUCUUUGGGCGGCUAAAGCUCAAGAAUCAAGAUACUGUUAAAUAGGCUCGUUGAUAAGCUAGGCCACACUCGCUUAGAGUUACUAACAGGAAAAAUAACGCAUUGUCUCUCUAUCAUAGGACAACUAACUACGGUUUUACUCUACUCUUAAGCUAUACCAUUGAUAACUCUACGAUCGACCUAAGCUAUGCCACAGACUAUGUAUAAAUAUUUUUUACACCGUAUUGGGGGGAGCGAGCUCUCCCCCGUUUCGAUUUACUUCAGACGCCUUUUUGUAACCCCUGAAUCGUAGACUAUGCCCAAAAUACGAUAUAACAUAAAGCUCUCUAUUCGAAUCCAACUAUCUCUCUGUAAAACGAAGCAAGCGACCGUGCGACGCGCGUUGGUUUGAAACAAAGGUGGAAGGACAAUUGCAAGCAAUAACUCAAUUAACUAUUAGAUACAAAUUACGCAGCUGUAGCAGCCUGAGCUUAUUGGCCCAAAACAAAUAGCUUAAUCGUAGAUACCUAUGUAUUACCUAAACCAUUCAAAUAAGAUAUACGUCCAAAAUAAGAGAAAUGCAAAAAUGCGAAAUCACAAGAGACCGAAGUGGAGUUCGGAUCAGAAAUCAAAUCAAACGCCUAGCUGGCGGGCGUGGCACGGGUGCGUGGCCUUAACUAUCAAUGUACACAAGAGUUGAUAUCAAAACUAUUGUCAAUUUUUAUAAGGAGCGAAACGGACGGUCAAAUACAAGACAUGAUUCUGUAAAGAUGUUAAAGGUUUCUUCUCUAGUCUCCCACGAUGUUUAUUUAAUCUUUCUCUUCAUUUUACAUGUAUGACAAACUUGAAAAAGUAUAAUAUACAAUAUGCUACAAAAGAUUGCUAAGAAAUAUGUAUUUGAUUUCGAGCCAUGACACGAACUCUAAGUUAAGUUUAAACCUUCAGAUUAUCUAGAUGUACGACUCAUCCUCCUCUAUCUGCUAUAUAUAAGCUUUCGUUCUGAAGCGCACGCCAAAGGCUUUGAUCUAUAAAUUAAAUGCAAUUAAUUAUGUAUUGAGAUAAGGAAGGGCUCAGUCAAUAAUUUGCCAGCUUCAUUUAGAGCUCCUCUGCUACGUUUACGAAAAACAACAACACUAAUCACUUAACCGAACUAUAUGAAAAUCCAUAUUUAUUUUAAAUAAAUAAAACUUAAAAACAACACUAUGUAUUUGUUUUAGCUGCCGAUAUGUAAGUCUCAUUUCUUCUUGGUCGCAGUCUAAGUAGCGAUAAAUUAAUCUAUUUACAUCAAGAUUUAGUUAACUUUAUACAAUUCUAGGUACAAACACUUUCAAACUAAUUUUAGAUAUACUCUACUCGUAUUAAAAGCAAGCUUGAGACAGGCUUUAAUAAUAAGGUAAGUUAGUGACGGAUCCUAGGAUACACUAGUUUCUAUAAGUGCGCUUAAGUUCCUGCUUUAUAUGUAGCAUGUCACCACCAAAUUUAUUGAGUUCUUCUAAAGCAAACACCAUAUUUCUUUUCCAAAAACGUGAGCCACGCCGGAGUGACCAGAAACAAGGGUCCCGAAUGUAGUCCAAUUUUGAGGUAUGUACAACACAUCUUUUGAUUUUAUUUAAAUUCGAAAAGUAUUACCAAUAAAGAGAACUACAGAAAUGAA